AUGAAAGGAAACCAGACCGUGCUCACCCCACCACCCGGCGCGGAGGAUAAAUCAAGAAAAGGCGGGAAGGGCGGUGGUGAAGGGAACAAGACCUUCGCAUUUGACCGGUCAUAUUGGUCUUUCGACAAAAAUGCGUCCAACUUCGCCGGUCAAGAUGACUUGUUUGACGAUCUGGGCUCACCACUUUUGGACAAUGCCUUCGGAGGAUACAACAACUGUAUCUUUGCCUACGGACAGACGGGUUCGGGAAAGUCAUACUCCAUGAUGGGUUACGGCAAGGAAUACGGUGUCAUCCCGCGGAUUUGCCAGUCCAUGUUCGAGCGUAUCACGUCUAUACAAGCAGACAAAAAUCUGAACUGCACUGUCGAGGUGUCCUACCUCGAAAUCUACAACGAGCGAGUGCGCGAUUUGCUCAAUCCCUCAAACAAGGGUAAUCUCAAAGUUCGCGAACAUCCAUCGACUGGACCCUAUGUUGAGGAUCUAGCCAAACUUGUCGUGGGAUCCUUCUCAGAGAUCGAAAAUCUAAUGGACGAGGGUAACAAAGCGCGAACCGUGGCUGCGACCAACAUGAACGAAACGUCAAGUCGAUCACAUGCUGUGUUCACUUUAACACUGACUCAGAAAAGACACGACAACGAGACUUCGAUGGACACUGAGAAGGUUUCCAAAAUCAGUCUGGUCGAUUUGGCUGGUUCAGAAAGAGCAAACUCAACUGGUGCUACAGGCGCUCGACUGAAGGAGGGUGCUGAAAUCAAUCGCUCGCUUUCAACACUUGGUCGUGUCAUUGCCGCGCUUGCUGAUGUUUCGGCCGGCAAGACAGCAGCAGGCAAAAAGAAGAACGCUUCCAUGGUGCCGUAUCGUGAUUCAAUUCUGACUUGGUUGCUUAAAGAUUCUCUGGGAGGUAAUUCUAUGACUUCUAUGAUUGCAGCCAUUUCCCCUGCAGAUAUCAACUGGGAAGAAACACUUGGUACUCUUCGUUAUGCCGACUCAGCCAAACGAAUCAAGAACCAUGCCGUUGUGAACGAAGAUCCGAACGCACGGAUGAUCCGAGAACUGAAAGAAGAACUUGCGCAGCUUCGAUCCAAACUCGGGGGUGGGGUAAUACCUGGAGCAGGUGGUGCUGCAGGUCAACCGGGCGCUCCCGCCGAGGAAUAUUAUCCGCCUGAUACACCCCUGGAGCAACAGAUGGUCUCUAUCCAACAGUCUGACGGUAGCGUCACUAAAGUCAGCAAGGCAGAGAUCGUAGAACAGCUCAACCAAAGUGAAAAGCUGUACAAGGAUCUCAAUCAGACAUGGGAAGAGAAGAUGAUAAACACCGAACAAAUCCACAAAGAACGUGAAGCUGCCCUGGAAGAGUUGGGUAUCAACAUUGAAAAGGGUUUCAUUGGGUUGAGCACCCCCAAGAAAAUGCCCCAUCUGGUCAACCUGAGUGAUGACCCCCUUCUGGCCGAGUGUUUGGUUUAUAAUAUUAAACCUGGAACCACCACCGUGGGCCACAUGGACCAAGCACAGAAUGUCGAGAUCAGGUUGAAUGGAUCAAAGAUUUUGGAGAAGCACUGCACCUUUGAGAAUGUUGACAACAUUGUGACAAUCGUUCCAACAGAAGGUGCGGCCAUCAUGGUGAAUGGAUUGCGAGUUGACAAACCCACGCGGCUGCGAAGUGGUCAUCGAAUUAUCCUUGGUGAUUUCCACAUCUUCCGUUUCAACCAUCCCCAAGAAGCCCGAGCCGAACGUGUCGAGCAAAGCUUACUUCGCCAUUCUGUAACGACAAGCCAACUCGGAUCACCGGCACCGAAUAAAACCCAUGAUCGAAAUCUCAGUAAAACGGGAUCCGAAGUGGAUGGUGAGUCAAGUCGGGCAGACUCACCGAUGCCCUCGCAGCGCAGCCGCGAAUCAGAUUGGUUCUUGGCCCGCAGGGAGGCCGUCAGUGCAAUGGUUGGGCCAGACCAAAUCUCCCAUCUACCUGACGACGAACUGGAUACACUGUUGGAGGAUGUGCAGAAAGUCCGGGCAGGUCGUCGUGGAAUGCCAGAUGAGGAUGACUCCGACUCCCUCAGCUCCUUCCCCAUUCGCGAUAAAUACAUGUCCAACGGGACUAUCGACAACCUCUCCCUAGACACCGCUAUAACGAUGCCAAGCACGCCCCGACAAAACGACGAUGACGAUGUGAACGGUGUUGCAUCGUUGCUUCAAGCUCGCCAGGAUAUGCAGAGACAGUUGGAUCGCCGCAAGGAAGAGUUCCAAGAAAAACUUAAGACAGUUGAGGCAUCGGUUGAUCCGGACUCACCAGAACUCACCACCGAAAAAGAGCGAAUGGAACAUGCUCUGCGAACGGCCAAAGAGGAAUUCGAGGAGCAACUUCGUCAACAGAAAGAAUCUUUCGAGACUCACAUCCGAGAUAUGGGUAAACCGGUUCCCCAAAUAUUCGAGAAUGGUUUCGCCAAAUUGGACGAGCGUGAACUUGAGAUUGCGCGCUCAGUAUACGGCCAUUGGUCCCAACGAAACUACGUGCGAAUGGCCGAGAAGAUUUUGCAGCACGCUUCACUUCUGAAAGAAGCACAAGUCAUGAGUCAUAUCAUGGACAAAAAUGUGGUCUUCCAGUUUGCGAUCGUCGAUCACGGCCACAAUAUGGAAUCCUCUUAUGAUCUCGUGCUGAACGGGAUCUCUGGCGACGAGGAUAUUGCCCUAGACGAGGCUAAGAAGCCCUGUGUCGGGGUUCGGGUCAUUGAUUACAAGCAGAGUGUCGUCCGACUGUGGUCGAUCGAGAAGCUCCAGCGCCGUGUUCAGGCUAUGCGUCAAUUGCACCAAUACAUCGACCGCCCCGACUACAUCCAGCACUUCAGACUCGACAAUCCGUUUUCCGAACCCUGUUCACCUCGAUAUUCUCUAGUGGGAGAUGCCGAUAUCCCUUUGACAGCAGUUUUCGAGACUCGAGUCCAGGAUUUCUCAGUUGAAAUCACUUCACCAUAUACUCAAAAUGUGGUUGGUAUCAUACGGCUGUCUCUCGAACCGUCAUCUGCGCAGGCACCAUCCUCAACCCUAAAAUUCAACGUUGUCAUGCGGGACAUGAUUGGUUUCGCGGAAUGGGAAGGCUCAGGUGUACAUGCCCAGCUAUUCGUCCCAGGGAUUUCCGAAGAGGGGGGUGCUACCACUACUCAGAUGAUCAAUGGAUUUGAGGAUGGUCCAGUCCGGUUUGAAAGUGUGCACAGCAUGAGCUUGCCGCUAUCCAGCCCACGGACAGCCGCAUUGAAAGUUUGUGUCUAUGCUGGUGUGAAUUCCGUUCACCUAGACAAGCUCCUCAGCUGGGAUGAUAUGCGAGACUCGGCAGAGCCUCUGCCCCAAAAGCGCACUGCCCCUCGCAUUCCCGAGUCUGAAUUCUUCUCGGAGGAAAGACACGAUGUCUUUGCUCGGAUUCAGAUCCUUGAAAUGGCAGAAUCGGGUCAAUAUCUCCCUGUGGAGGUUGUUCAGAGCAACAGUCUUGACGCGGGAACGUCCCAUCUUCAUCAGGGAUUACAGCGCCGUAUUUCGAUCAAUUUAACAUACAGCUCAACGGAAAGUCUUCCGUGGGACGAUAUCAACAACAUCCGUGUUGGUUCCGUUCGUCUGCUUGACCCCUGGGGCAAAAUCCCAGACCAGGACUUCCAGACCCCGGAUGUUCCUUUGAAGUUUGUCCAAGAUCCGAUGGUGAAGGAAAAUGCCGAUGGAACCUCUAUGGUCACCAUUGUGGGUCAGUGGGAUUCGAGUCUGCACGGAUCCCUUCUACUCGAUCGAGUGACGGCCGAAAAGUACCGAGUACAGGUUACUGUACGAUGGGAUCUAGUCUCCGCUCGUCUUCAGACCCCAGUUGUCUUUGAGGCCGACCAGACCAUUCAGAUCCAGGGUCGUACAUAUGUGCGUCAACAAUCGAUGUUCAAACAGUUCUGGAACUCGAUCCGAGUGGUACAUUCGACGACUUGCAUGUACUCCUUGGUCAUUCGUCCGAUCUCUGCCAAGCGUGCUGCUGAUCUUUGGCGCAUGAACACCCAAAAUGACUAUGUGAAGGGCGAGGAGCUUCUAGUCGCCUGGGCACCUCGAAAGGUCUCGCUGGUGCGAGACUACAUUUCCAACCGAAAGCGCCGGCAGCGAGUGGCGGAGCUCCACGCUGCUCGGGGUGCACUUAGUGCGGGCAGUUUGAUUGCCUCGCCCGCUCGGAGUGGAUUGUCAACGCCAUCGCGGGGAUCAGCCCUCAACGAGCGCAAGUCCAAACUUUUGCGGAAAUAUUUGGAUUUGUGGUCACUCAAGCAGGAUCCCACCGAGACAAUUCUUGUCCGAAGCAACACCGAACCACCUACAGAUGGAGCCGCGCAUAGACAAAACAUCAAUGGCCUUUCCAACAAGAUCUCACUCAAGCCUCGUUUUGUGGCGACCAUCCAGACCCUCCCCAAAGCACCCGACGCCUUGAAGACGGGAUACGUGCUUACCCCCGAUGAUACCAACAAAGUCUGGGUCCGUCGUUUCGUGGAGCUCCGCCGGCCGUACCUCCACAUCUACUCGGUCCCAGAGGGAGAUGAGAUCAACGCCAUCAACCUUCGCAACGCGCGUGUCGACCACGCACCCGAUUUCGCUAGACUACUAGACGGCUCAGGGGCUGGAUCAGAUCGUUCCCUAUCCGCCAAAGGACGACCGAACGUGUUCGCCGUCUAUGGAACGCAGAACACAUUCCUCUUCGCCACUCGCACCGAGGCACAAAAGGUGGAAUGGAUUCUGAAGAUCGAUGAGAGCUAUUUCAACAGCAAUAGUCCCAGCGUGGCGACGAAUGGCGAUUGA